GGGGGGGCGCAAUAAUGCAUUUAUUUUGCACGGCAAGUGAGCAGUGACGUCACAUCUGUGACUGCAUGCCGAGCUUGCUCGCCACACGAACCAAUAAAACUGCAGGCGUGCAGUUGAGAUCCUAGGUUUGAAAUGUUGUUUAGCGAGGGGAGGGGAAAUAUGGCUUAGGUGGGUGUUGGGAGGUGGGAAUUGAGAGAUGGAGGAGAAACAGCCUGAAAAGGGGGUGAAUGGAGGGGUGUACGCUAAGUUGAUAUUCAGCCUUCCACACACCAAAUUCAAUUUCAUCCUCAAAAUAUAUUGCACACCCACCCUUCUGUACAGCGUGUGUACGCUCUGCUUCGUGCGAGUCCAUCGCCCCCAUGUAAUUCCCACAUGUCUCUCCCCAUCCCCUACUGAGUUGGCCUCUGCACAGAAAAUGAGAUUAUCUGACCAAUACAACAUAAAUGCGAUUGCCCAAACCCUUUGCUGUAAUGUUUUGUUUACUGACAACACCAUGAUUAUAUUGGAUAUUGUGCCUUAAAAUGGUCGCUUCAUUUUAUACAUGCACUUUUUCGGAUAUUUGUAUUUACUUAAACAACGGGACAGAUUAAUGUCAUUGUUAAUACAGCAAGACAGCAAAUCACUGCACAGCAACAAUAUAUUGCGUUGAAUUGCACACCUCAGUGCAGCCUACAAUAAUGAGUGCUGAUGGCUCGUACCGCAAGGGGUUAAGAUGAGUAACCUUUCAGACGGACGGCCGAUGUGCGUUUAGGUGUUAACAUGUUUAAGCCCCCGAUGUGUGCCGCUGAGCUGGAGAGCAGCGGUGUCGGUCGCAGUCGCAGCGGAGCGGCAAAUGAGCCGAACGUGCAGAGAACGUGAAAUUUGGCAGUGAAGUAGUCGGCUUCCAGCGUUCCCCGUGCUAUGCGUGGAAAUUCCUAGCUCUUGCAUGUGACGUCCUUGAUCCCUCGCUCAGCUGGAGGGACAGCGAAGACUGCCCUGGGCUGCCUACAACUCUGCUCUACUCCACAGCGCAAAGUUCUGGAGGAUUCUUUCUCGCACGUAGAUAUGUUUAACAAGUCGCGUCUGUUGAAUUUGCUGUAUACGUGUAAAUCCACCGAUGGAAUGCAGAAUUUCAACCGCUAGCCUGGGGCUGCCAACAGAGAUCAGCGAAAACUGAUGUUCAUUUGAUUGCGCAGAGCAACUCUUUGCUGUGAGUGUUAAUGUCGUACAAGACGUUUUAAAAUAGCGCGCUUAUUAUCUGCCUGGAGUAAAAUGCAUUCGGACAUAAUAACGUUGUCGCAGCUGUAACCUGGACACGUCGAUUGGCAAUUUUUUGCAAUGCUCUGUUGAAACUGGAUGUUACUCAGGAUUUGUCAAUAAUACUUGCUCCCAGGAUCGUGUUGUGUUUCUUACCUAUUGCGUGACCAAAAACUGUUACAUAACUUCAGCGUGCAUUUAUGAUGCACCACGCGACUCUGUGCUCUAUUUUUCUUCGAUGUAUGUGUAGAGCUGCCCAUUAUGAAAUGUAUAUUUUGUUAGGUAUAAAUGUAUGCAUUUGUUUUAAGUAGCUAUUUAUUUUCUCAGUUUUCUACCAUCAGCUGGUGAUGCAGUUGAUGCAUGGUGCACUAGUAAAUGCAGCCUUUGUGCUGUGGUUGUUGGUCACAGGAAAGAUCACAUGAAAAAACUAAUUUGUAUAUAAUUACACUGUACAUUGCGCAUCUUAUGAGAUGCAGCACCUUGAGAAGCCACUGCAUUUCCACACGAAAUACAUCAAAAAUGUGUUUGCGUAAUGUGUGUUUGACAUUAGUGCAGCCAAAGUUUCUGCUAGUGCGAUCUGUGGACAUGACGAGGAAGUGUAACGUUUCAAAAUACAACUGUGCAUGUCUUAAUUGCUGUGACGAAAACGUGAAAAGAGCCAGGACGACAACAUUCAAAGGAAUGUGCUCACCCAAGAGUAUCCUUGUCUUUUCAAAAGCAGAUCUCUUUUUGUGCCCUCAUUCGCACGGGGGGCGGUGGAGCUAGCUAAUUGGACGGUCCUGUGAUAGAUUUGCGGCUGUGGCUAGCCAUGCUCGGCCGUUUAUCCUGCUUUGGCUGUAGCACCGCCGCUGCUCCAGUGAGGCAAAACUGUGGGCUGCUCCCUCAUGCUGGGAGGGCGUGGGGCAAUGGAGUUGAGGUUAACAACUGCUGAUGUACGUGCUCGGAAUAAACAGCUUUAUAGGAAUCGGGAGUUUUGCGCAGCUAAUAAAAAUGAAUGAUUUUAAGAAGACCUGCCACUUCAGGCAGCGUUUAGGAGUGGGAAGGAAGCCUUUUUGGAAGGCGGUGGAACAUUGUUGGUGACUUCAAACAUUUUUUUUAAUAUAUAAGAAAGUACUUUUUUAUUGUUACAAUUGUACCUCAUGUCGGGCGAUGUGUUCAGUUUUCUUUUGUAUGCAUUUAUUUGUUUGUUGUUCGUGAGAAAGAACGGUGAAUUCAACAAUGGGAGUUAAAGGAUGCUGCCUUGAACAUUAUUGACAGGUUAAAUCGUUUGGUUUCGAUCACAGAAAAUUAAGUCAAAAUACGAGGAAGGAAACUUCAUCCUCUGAGCGCUGUAAGGGGUUCGUGCUGUUUCUGAGCUUCCCUUGGGUUUCAUCUGAAAGAAAACCAUACUGGUGUUGAAAAGAGCACGAAUUUGAAAGAGCAAUAGAUAAUAGGGAGAAAAAAAAUCUCCAACAUGGAAUAAGGAAACGCCAGGUGGUAAAUGAGGAUGACAAAUAGAAAUUGUCGGCAUCUUUCGUUUAGAUGCCUGCGCAGACAUUUCUGGCUUAUCUGGCUGCUACUGCUGCUGCUGCUGCUUAUUUCUCACUGAGAGCUUCGUACGGGCAGAGAGCAUGGCCACCAGCUGUGCAGUCGAGGAUUGCGGAGAGAGCACAGAGCCGCUCAUGGAGAGGCCCACGGAGCCAGAGCCCGAAAACGAUGUUGGAGAGAUGCCCAGCUGCGAAGGCCACGAGGGCCGCUCGCCCUCCUUGCUGCUCCGCCUAGCAGUGACGCUCGCCGCGGCACGGUUUGGAAGCCGCACGGGACUGCACGGCGUGCGGCACGUCCUGGCCGCGCGACGCACGCGGACCUAUCGCCUCCUCUGGCUGCUGGCCUGUGUGGCGGCCCUGGCCCUCCUGCUGGCCUCAUCAGCCGACCGUGUGCACCACCUGCUGUCGCGGCCCUCAAACAGCAAAGUGAGCACGGUGUGGCCGCGUGGACUCACCUUCCCGGCCAUCACGCUCUGCAACAACAACCUCGUGCGCUUCUCGCGCCUCACCCGCACCGACUUACAUGCCCUGGGCAUCUGGCUCGGCCUUCUCACGCGCUUGGCUAACGGGCCGUCGACCAUCGUAAACCUCACGGCCGACCCCGACGUGUUGGCCUCGCUCGCUGAAUCGCAGCGACAAUGGUUUCUGCGACUCUCUGACUUCUCGACAUUCCUGCCUCCCCGUGACCCUGCUGGACUGAGUCGCACCCUCCUGGAGCGGCUGGGCCACCCGCUCGGCGAGAUGAUGCUCACGUGCCGCUUUGGGGGUCAACAAUGCGGCCCCGACGACUUCACCGUUGUAUACACCCGCUACGGAAAGUGCUACACUUUUAAUUCGGGCAAGGAUGGGCGUCCACUCCUCACCAGCAUGAAGGGUGGCAUGGGCAACGGGCUGGAGAUGAUGCUGGACAUUCAGCAGGACGAGUACCUGCCCGUGUGGGGCGAGACCGACGAGACAUCGUUCGAGGCCGGGAUUAAGGUGCAGAUCCACAGUCAGGAUGAGCCACCUUUCAUCGACCAACUUGGCUUUGGCGUGGCCCCGGGUUUCCAAACCUUCGUGUCCUGCCAGGAGCAGCGGCUCACCUACCUGCCUUACCCAUGGGGGGACUGCAAGGACACGCCGCCCGAGUCAGAAUUCUUCGACACGUACAGCAUCGCGGCAUGCCAGAUCGACUGCGAGACUCGCUACUUGGUGGAGAACUGCAACUGCCGCAUGGUGCACAUGCCUGGAGACGCUCCUUACUGCACUCCAGAACAAUACAAAGAAUGUGCAAACCCUGCCCUGAUGUUCUUGGUGGAGAAAGACGACGACUACUGUGCGUGCGAGAUGCCGUGCAACAUCAAACGCUACGCAAAGGAGUUGUCAAUGGUGAAGAUCCCCAGCCAGGCCUCUGCCAAGUACCUGGCCAAAAAGUUCAACAAGACAGAGGCAUACAUUGCGGAGAACGUUCUGGUGCUUGACAUCUUCUUUGAAGCUCUCAACUAUGAGACCAUUGAGCAGAAGAGGGCCUAUGAGGUGGCUGGUCUGCUUGGUGAUAUCGGUGGCCAUAUGGGACUGUUCAUUGGUGCCAGCAUCCUUACCAUCCUGGAGAUCUUUGAUUACCUUUACGAGAUAAUCAAGUACAGAAUUCUCUACUACUUCUGCCGUAAUAAGAAGCAGAGGAAUAUCAGCGACAACUCCGUUCCAAUGACCAGCUCGUACGCGGCACCCCAGGGCCAUACACAGGCCGCCAUCCACCCACACGGAGCCCACGCCAAGUACGAGGACUUCACCUGCUAGGCGUGCAGGGUGCGGCUAGAUCCUUACCCACGUGCACCACAAGCGACGCGCGCCGCUCCACACCGGCACAGACGGAGGGCGCCGGGAGAGGCAGAAAUUCCCUUGUCCCUUCCCAAAAGCAUAACCAGAGAUUGGGUUUAAAUUGACUUUCAAGCUUUGUAAAUGCUAAACAAAGUGAUUAAAACAGAAGAUUUUUAAUAGAACUUCUGGUUGAAAUUAUGAGGUUUUAUUAAAUACACAGAAAAAUUAUUUGCAGGUAGCGAAUAACGUUCCAGUCUUUACUGCUGUACUUAACUCACGGUUUGUAUUAAAAUAGUAUGGAGAGGAAUAAAAACUCACUCUUCAAUUACUUUUAUAAAUAUUACGAGGGGGUGAGUGGCCAGCACCACGCCCGUCCGCCUUUGUCUCCCCAGUGGCGAUUUUCACAAACCACACCACUUACUCGUUUGAGGUCGACCUAGGGGAGGCCCAGGACCAGUACAAUUAAU